AUGGCGCCGAAAGGCAAACAGACCCCGGUAAGCGCAGAGCCAAAAGAUUGGCUGUCGCGGGUGAAGGGCGCCGUCCAGAUAUACACGGGCGACCAAGAGGGUGACCUGUUCCGAGUGAGAAUGCAGGUGUCGCUCGCGAAGUGCCUGGACGACUGGGAGAAGGCAGAGUCCCUAGCGCUGGAGCUGGCAUACCACCUCAGGGAUGGCAUCUCCAGGCAGGAAGUAGAAAACCUGCGAACCCAGGCAUACAAGGCACUGGAGAAGACGGCCAAGACGCAAAAUAGAUCUGCCUCCAAGGCAAAAGCAGAAAAACCCGCAGAAAAGACAACGAAAAAAGCAACUGAAAAGACCGCAAAAAAGGCCACAGAAAAGGAUACGGAAAAGGGUGCGGAAAAGGUGCAGCCAGCGCCGAAGGCGCCUGGCACCAGCGCAUCUUCUUCAGCAGCUCCAGCGACUGAGCCGAUGAAGGAGCCAGAUAGUGAGCCCGAAGCAGAGGAGAUUGCGCCAGUGAGUGAGGCGGAGCUCCUUCGAGCCUUAAAGGCAGCGCCCCUUGAGAAGCUGGAGACUUCGAAGGUGCCGCAGGCGGAGCCCAGAGAAAGAGAUCGAUCCAAGGCAGCACUGGACACGAAGGCAGAGCCCAAAGAUCGGUCCAAGGCAGCACUGGACACGAAGGCAGAGCCCAAAGAUCGGUCCAAGGACCUCAGCAUCUUGCAAGAGAUGGCAGAUCAAGCUCCCGAAGAGUUGAAAAAGCAAAUAAUCAUGGGAAAGACUGGGGCCUACUUCCGCUACAUGACGGCGGAUCUUGGCAAGGUGGAGUUUGAGGUCUCGGCGAACACACAUGGAACGUUGCAGAACGCACGCCUUGUGGCGAUUAUUUCCCUGAUAGCAUUUGAGAAGACGAGAAGGAAGGAAUUUGACGGGAAAGCGCCUCCGAAAGCAGUCUUAGACCUUGCCAAGCUAAGAGCUGAAACAUUGUUGCGAAGCAAGAGUGCUUCGGCCCAGGGAAGGCCUGCAGAACCGGCAGAACCUGCAAGGGGAACGGCCAAAGGACGUGGAAAAAGCCUGGGAAAAUUGCUUGGAAAAGGCGGUGGGAACGGCCGUGGCAAAGGCCGUGGACGUGGAAAAGGCGCAAAAAGGGAGCAAGAAAAACCACCCCCAAAGAGCUGGCCUCCACCGGUGAAAAAGGAGGAAAAUGCGGCACCUCCCAGAUCGAGACCAGACAAGGAAAAGUGCCCUUUCUGCGGACAAAGUCACCGGUACCUUGAAAAGCACAAGAAAAACAAGUGCAAAGGUAAAAAAACGUGCGCUGAAUGCCAAAAAGAAUAUCGAAGCAAAAGCGAAGAGCGCCACAAAAAGGAGUGCAAAGGCAAGAAGGAGAAGAAAAGGGACCAAGAAAGGAAGGAAGAAGAAACGCCACGCAAAAAAAAGAAGCAGGAGGAGAUCAAGGACGAGGACAAGGAACGUGAGGCCAAGCGACAAAAGACGGAGGCACCCGCGAUGCCAUCGCUGAAGCCGCUGCCGCCUCCGCCGCUUCCACCUCCGACGACACCUCCGCCGGCGGCGCUGCCACCGCCGCCACCACCACCGCCGCCGCCGCCAGCAGUCGUGCCACCUGAGCCAAAUGGCCCUGGGGAGCCUUUUCUGAGCUCUACAGGCUGGCAAAGCGACCGAAAAGGCGCCAAAACUCCUUGGCACCAUGCCAGUCAGAAGGACUGGAAGGAGCAGGAAAAGGAUGAACCUGCUGUGGCACCGACCAAGCCUGCUGGCAUCUUGGCCAAAGAAAGGGAGAAUGGGGCAGCAGGGGCUUCUUUGCUCGUGCAAGUAGGCUCCGAAACUCCUUGGCACCACGCCAGCCAGAAGGACUGGAAGGAGCAGGAAAAGGAUGAACCUGCUGUGGCACCGACCAAGCCUGCUGGCAUCUUGGCCAAAGAAAGGGAGAAUGGGGCAGCAGGGGCUUCUUUGCUCGUGCAAGUAGGCUCCGAAACUCAUCCUUGGCACCAUGCGAGCCAGAAGGACUGGAAGGAGCAGGAAAAGGAUGAACCUGCUGUGGCACCGACCAAGCCUGCUGGCAUCUUGGCCAAAGAAAGGGAGAAUGGGGCAGCAGGGGCUUCUUUGCUCGUGCAAGUAGGCUCCGAAACUCCUUGGCACCACGCCAGCCAGAAGGACUGGAAGGAGCAGGAAAAGGAUGAACCUGCUGUGGCACCGACCAAGCCUGCUGGCUCCGAAACUCAUCCUUGGCACCAUGCGAGCCAGAAGGACUGGAAGGAGCAGGAAAAGGAGGCUGAUCGCGAGGAUGAGAAUGCUGCCGCACCGGCCAAGUCUGUUGGAUCCUCGCGUGUGUACAGUGCUGCUGGCCGCGCCACUGGAUUCUUCGAUCGCAAGGCAUCGGAACCCCAGCCAGAGCUUUCGCAGCCAUCGCAGCCAUCGCAGCCAUCGCAGCAGCCCGGCGCCAAAGUGGUUCUGGGCCACAAGUGGACCAACCGCAGCCGCACGCCGCUGCCCCGCCGCCGUCGGCACCCAGCGGAGCCACCAGCGCCAUCGGCUGAGCCGUCAGCUGAGCUGGCACCAGAAGAACCGAGAGAGAAGGGCUCGGAGCAAGCUGAGGGGUGUCAGCUGUUUCAGUUGAUGAUGCCCAAGGCCAAAAUCAAGGCCAAGGCCAUGCCACGGCGCCCAACUCCAACUUCGGGGCCCAAGCCGAAGACUAAGGAGGAUCACGAGGCUGAACUGGCUGCAGACACUCCGCCGGCGGAAUCGCAGUCACCGACUUCGCCUGUCUCGUCACCUUCCUCCCCACCUCGAAAAGCGUUGUUGAGGCCUCCAGAGUCGCCUGAGAUGGCGGAUGACAGGAACUCAAAGCGUGACCCAUUCUCGUGCGAGCUGAUCAGAGGCAAGGGCUUUGUCAACGACUGUCUGAAUGCCACCUUCCGACGGAGUUAUGCUGUGAUGCUCUCGGAUCAGCCGACCUACUGGGAUGAGGCACUGGAGACAUUCCUGUAUCAGGAUCAAGGGCGCUGGGCCGCAGUGAGCCUGAGGGAAGGCGAUGUGUUGAUGCAGCUGAUGAGUGGAACGUCAGCGACAGCCAUGGCCACGCAGACUGUGGACGGCUCCUGGCAAGACUCUUCUGGCCAGAUUCUGGGAGGCUUUGAGCCGAUGGAAGGACAGCCAGAUCUCCCUGAUGGUCUGCUCCAAAGGAUGCCGGAAGUAGGCACAUCGAUGAUCUUCAAGAAGGGAUCCAGGGUGCGCAUGGAAGAUGGCACCAAAGGGAAAGUGAAAAGCAUCAACCACAGUGGAGUCACCGUGGAGAUCCAGAUCGAGGGUGCUGAUGGCCUGGUUGAUCGCCUGGUCCCAUCCGCAGCUUUGAAGCCAGGGAUGGCCUUGCCAGGGCAAAAGCAAGGAGCUUCAGUAGCUCCUCAAGAAGUGGCCAGCGACAUGAACAAAUUGGGCCUUGAUGCCACAGCAAACUUCGCGAGCUGCCGAUCGGCCUGGCGAAAGAGUGUUCUCCAACUGAUGGCACAGGAGAUGUGCGAGGAAGAGCUGAAGAAGGUGGCUGGCCAGGUCCAUAAAGCCUUCACAAAUAUCCUGAAGUACUUUGCGCCCAACGGGCUAGAGAUUCACCCGCCGGACCCGGCCGACAGUCGGCUGGGGUCCCCCGCCGCUGAGUGCGGUGACAGUAGCAACAUCUCACCGGUAAAAGAAACUUUCCUGGAGCGCCGCAGCAGCCAAGUGGCCGAGCGACUGGCGCAGCUGGCCGCGAGUGUAGCUCCCCCACGCCUGGCCCGUCGUGGCUGCGGCCGCCUGGAUAGCCGGGAGGAGUUGUUGGAGACGCAGGGCAGGCUGAAAGCUGAACUUCAAUCUUUGGAGGAGCAAUCGCCUUCUGCUGAGUUGGAUGAACCCUUGGAUGAUGUGGUGUGCAAGCUUACAACGCUGGAGGGGCGGCUGAAACUACUGCCCAGGAUCCCUGCCACAGCACCCUGCAACGCCGCAGCCGAAGCAGCACGCCUGGCCGGGGAACGCGCCUCAACGGCGCGGGACGCGCGUGAAAGGUGCACUCCAAAGCGCCCACGCUUGGUGUGA